AUGGAUCGCCGCGACCGAGAUAACCGGGCCGGCGAGACCAGGCCGUUGCUGUCGGACCAGCCGCACCUGAAGCCGGACAUCGAGCCGGCCACGAGUAGCAGCAGCAGCAGCAGCAGCUGGCCGGCCGAGGCAUGGCUGCUCUGCCAGUACGCGCUACCGCUCAUCGCCACCUACCUGCUGCAGUACUCCUUCACCGUCAUUACCACCUUUGUGGCCGGCCACCUCAGCGCCGACGACCUCGCCGCCGCCAGCAUCGGCCUGACCACCAUGAACAUCGUCGGCUUCGCCAUCUACGAGGGCAUGGCUACCGCCCUCGACACCCUCUGCGCCCAGGCCCACGGCUCCGGCCGUCUCACCGCCGUCGGCCUACACGUCCAGCGCAUGCUCAUCCUCAUGGCCAUCGCCACCGUGCCCAUCGGCCUCUUCUGGAUCUUCUCGCCCUCCAUCCUCUCGCUGUUCGUGAAGCAGCACCACCUGGCCGUCAAGGCCGGAUCCUUCCUGAGGGUCAGCCUGGUCGGCAUCCCCGGCUACGCCGCCUUCGAGGCGCUGAAGCGCUUCCUGCAGGCCCAGGGCGAUUUCAAGAGCGCCAUGGUCGUCCUCAUCAUCUGCGCCCCGCUCAACGCCCUCUUCAGCUGGUUCUUCGCCUUCAAGCUGGGCAUGGGCCUCGAGGGCGCCGCCCUGGGCCAGGCCCUCGUCAACGACCUGCGGCCCGUCUUUUUGCUCGUGUACAUCGUCUUCUGGGGCCAGUGGUCUCACCAGUGCUGGGGCGGCCUCUCCCGCAAGGCCUUUACCGAGUGGAGCGUGCCGGUGCGGCUGUCCAUCGCCGGCUCGGCCGUCAACAUCGGCGAGUGGGCCGCCUUUGAGAUCCUGACGCUGAGCACCUCGUACCUCAGCACCGAACACCUCGCGGCGCAGACCAUCAUGACGACCAUCUCGGUCGUCAUGUGGCACAUCCCCUUCUCCAUCUCGGUCGCCAUCAGCACCCGAAUCGGCCACCUCAUCGGCGCCGGCCUCGUAUCGACCGCCCGGCGGGCCGCGACGCUGUACGCCGUCGUCUUCACCGUCGUCGGCAUCCUGGACGCCAUCCUGGUCUUUGCGUUCCGCAACCAGCUCGGCCUCAUCUUCUCCGAGGACGCCGUCGUGCAGAGGCUGACGACGAACUCGAUGCUCGCCGUCGCGGCGUUCCAGCUCAUCGACUCCAUCAUCAACGGGUGCAACGGCGUGCUGCGCGGCCUGGGCCGGCAGUCCGUGGCGGCCUUUAUCGUCUUUGUCGUCAACUAUCUGGCCGCGGUGCCCAUCGCCGUCUGGCUCGAGCUGGGGUCGCCGGCGCUGGAGCUCGACGGUGCCUGGCUGGGCCUUGGCGGCGGCAUGGUAGUCAUUGCCGUCAUCGAGUCAACUCACUCACCUGCGACUCUGACUCUCAAAACCCAAUUCGGCUUUUGUCUUCGAGUCAGCGAUCCUGUCCUCGCCAUGACGGGCAACGGAAACCUAGGCCUGGCCGUCGCAAAAAAUAAACGGCCUUGCUCCGUGUGCCACGACCUGGACCGAGACAAGAUCCCGAACAAGACCAACGAUGCUCUUGUCAGUCUGGUUUGCCCACUUGGUCAACUUCUCCAAGCCAGCAAGAAGGGAUGCCAGACAUGCUAUGCCAUCCAAGAGGCCGUCAUGCGCAUGGGGAAGAUCGAUCCGGCCACAACCGAGAUAAAGCUCGGCGUGUCCCUUGUUUGCAUCUACAUCGGGCACCUCGUCAGAGUGGCGGCCGUCGUUGCCUGCAACGGCCCCGGAGGCACUAUGCUUCCCAUACAAACCACCUUCGAGAUGUUCACAGCACCAGGAAAGCCAUCUCCCUGGCCGGCGUUUGGCCCGGCUAGAAAUAUCGUCCCGAGGUUGCAUUCCAAGCUUCGAAAGAAACUCGUUGGCGCUUGGAUCAACGAUUGCACUGCGUCGCAUUCACUCUGCCACGAAACUCAUGGUCCCAUCCAUGAUGCCAUGAGGUUGCGUCCUUUGCGGUAUCUCGACCUGGGCAGCAAUCCCCGGAACGGUCUCAAGCUCGUCGAUGCCGCCUCCUCUCCCGGCCCCUAUGUCGCCAUCAUCCAUGGGGUUGAUGGUCCGCUGCCGCCUCCUUCGUCGCUCACGACACUCGAGAAUCUGGAGGCGCGCCAGAAGAGCAUCCAGUGGUGGCAGAUCCCGUUGGCUCUACAGGAAGCCUUGGCCGUUGCCCAUGAACAGGACGUGCGGUACGCUUGGAUUCCAGACUUUUGCGUGCUUCACGACGACGCGCAAGACCGCGUCUGGCAUUUGGACCGGGAAGAUAGCAUCUUCCAGCUUGCGCAUUUCACCAUUGCCCUGACCGACAUCAAAGACCUCAGGCUCGGCAACUUUGGUCCGGGCCGCAAAAUCACAUCACCCGAGGCCGACUCGGACGAGUCGAGUGCGUCCAUCACGGUUGAAGUCAGCCACCGUGGCCGCAAAUAUUCCAUCCAAAUCCGCCAGACUAUGCAUUGGAGCCACUGGAUCAUGACCGAUAUGGGCAUGCUGCGACCGCUCAAGGCCGGCGGCAAGCUCACAGACGUCGCCGAUCGCCGCAUGGGACUCCUACGGCAUGCACCGUCGUUCCAACGCCUUUUGUUCUCGCGCCGGUUGCUCCAUCUUCACGGUUCAGAGAUGGUGUGGGAAUGUUUCGAAAGCAUGAGGUGCGAGUGUGACGACCAACACUACCUGAAGGAGCUCAACAGCAUGUCCAGCCUCCCAAAGAGUAAGUUCCAUGCCACAGGCUACGUCAACAGCAUGGGCGAUGUAUUUGAUAUGUACAUGAGCCUGCCCAUCUCCGACCCCAGCGAUAGACUGGUUUGCAUGGCAGCAAUGACCCGCUACACUGGCAUGAUUCACCAGCAGCGGUACAUUGCUGCCCUCCCGGCGACAAACGCGACAGGCCUGGCGGAGUCUCUCCUUUGGAACUUGGGCCCCGUCUCGGAUAAGUUUGCCGCCGAGCCCGGCGGUGGAAGCCAAAGCCGUCGUCAUCACAGCCAUCGUAUCCCAACGUGGUCCUGGGCGUCCAUGGUUCUUGAAAAGGGACAAACCAUUCAGAGAGCCGAAUCAAUGAUACCCGGCAUCGAGCUCGGCACAACCUCGUUCACCACGCCUUUUGCCGUAUGGGCAUCUCGAUCCUGCCCGACGCCGGGAAGCCGCGGAGACGGUAUAAUGGGGUGCUGUUUCCAACUCGGUGUGGACGCGGCCCUCUUUCAAGCGACCGGAGUCUUCGUGCCGGGAACGGAAGACGAUCUGAUGCUCGCCCCAGCAGAUGACAUCCCCAGCGAGAAGUCCAAACUCGCCAGGUUCUGGCUGGAUUGUGAAGUGCAUAUGGCCAAGCUCAAGGCCGGAGAGGUUGGCUUGGAUUUCUACUUCAUGCCAUUGGCCCAGAUGAGAGUCAAGGACAAUGACCUGUCGCCCGAGAACUACUGUUUCGCAUUCGAUGCGCCCAUGAACGUCGGCUUGGUGCUGCUUCCCAGCGGAAGAGGUCACGCGCCGCCGGGCGGAUUCGAGCGGGUCGGAGUCUUUGCAGUAUCAACAGACCUUCCCUACUGCGAUGGGGCCGUCAAUCAACGGCUUUUUCUCGUUUGA